AUGGCGAUGACAGAUUGGUGCUUGGAGUCUGUGUUUUGUAUUGUUGUUACCCGUGCCAGUGUGGUGAAAACUGAACAAAAUGCUGGCGUCAUCACCUUUACAUUGCGAUACGAUGCUCUUCAGCAGCAGUACACGGAGGCCGUCAACACUGUUCAUGAGCAGAAACAGCUGAUUAGUCAAUUGGAGGAAGAUCUCCGUAGUGUGAAUGCCUUGUCAUCGCUAUUCAGAGGUGAAGGAGAGGGUGAGCCAAGCACCAACCCAAGCAGUGAGAUCAUGGCAGACGCCCUGAAGGAGGUCACCAUAGCAACAAGUACCCCAGACUCCAAGUCGAACUCUGCCGCGGGAUCUUUGCUGCCUAUUGUCCAGAGUCAGAGGGAACGAUUCCGAGUUAGGGCUCAGGAGUUAGAGGCUCAAAACAUCGCCCAUCAACAACAAAUACAGAUGAUUCAGAAUGAAAUGGACAAACUCCGAUCAGACAAUGUCAAACUCUACGAAAAAAUUAAAUUCCUGCAAGCCUACCCCAGCAGAAGUCGACCAGCUGGAGAUGACGGAGCAUUGAAUCGUUACUCCACACAAUACGAGGAGAAGCUGGACCCGUUCACGACAUUCAAUAAGAAGGAAAGGAUGAGGAAAUAUGCCAACUUGAAGCCUUAUGACAAAAUCACACUAAGCAUGGGUCGCUUCAUUAUGGGUAACAAAAUGGCACGGACCAUCGCCUUCUUCUACACGAUCAUCUUACAUUGUCUAGUCUUCCUUGUUCUCUACAAAGUCGCUCACACUGAAGACUGCAAGAGGGAUCUCGCAUCUGAAUGUCAUCAAAACUUUGCCGAGCAUAUGAUGAAGGUUCACGGUGAUUCACAAUUCAACCCAGGACAUGUACAUAAGCAUUAG